AAGGGGGAACUACUACAAAAACCAAAGGGAUCUCCUCAAACCCAAAGGGGGCUGCUCCCCUAAACCCCAAAGGGUUCUCCCCAAAAUCAAAAGGAGGAUCACCCCAAAACCCAAAGGGAUCUCAUCAAAAUCAAAGAGGGCAGCACCCCAAAACCCAAAGGGGUGUCCUCAAAAUCAAAGGGAGAACCACUACAAAAACCAAAGGGAUCUCUCCAAAAUCAGAGAGAGAAUUAUCAUAAAAACCAAAGGGGGCACAACCCCAAAACCCAAAAGGAUCUCCCCAGAAUCAAAGGGAGAACCACUGCAAAACCCAAAGGGAUCUCCCCAAAUCCAUAGGGGGCUGCACCCCAAAACCCAAAGGGAUCUCCCCAGAAUCGUUAGCAGCAGGGAGCACCGCUGGGGCUGCUCUUUGGGCUCUGCACUCUGCAGGGGCUGCUCUCUCUCCCCGUAGCGGAGCAGCACAUCUCCCGCCGGCAGCAGCAGCUCAGCAGCAUCCCUCCGUGUGCGCCGAUGCAUUCUCCCUCCUCUCCACGCUUUGGGCUGCGCGCGGCGGCUGCCUGCACGCCCGGGGAGGUGGAGCAGAGCUCCGUUCUGCAGCAGCAGCAUCAUUGCAUCCUCACCCAGAGCAUCCCGCUGGGGACCGGCCUUUGGGAACGGGACACGGGGACAGACCCUCGGGUAGGGAUCCGGAUACGGCAGCGAGGUGAUGCUGCCCUGGCGCCGCAGCAAGUUCGUGCUGGUGGAAAACGAACGUAAGUGCAAAGGGAAAAGCUUGGGGCCAGGGUUGGGCUAUGCCUCGUUGCUGGCCGGCUUCCUGCGCUCCUGCCCCGAUCUGUUGCCCGAAUGCCCCUUGGAGAGGUUGGGUUCUGUGUUUGGAGGCCGUCGGCAGAAAGUGGAGCUGAACAAGGAGGAUCCCACCUACACCGUGCGCUACCUGGGUAAUGCAGUCACGCUGCACGCCAAAGGAGAGGGAUGCACCGAGGAGGCGGUGGGGAAAAUAUGGGCCAAAAGCGACGCGGGCGCCGGUGGGGCCAAGAUGAAGCUGACCUUAGGGCCGCACGGCAUCCGCAUGGCACCGGGUGAGAAGGGUGCCCGGAGGUCGGGCCACGCAUACCUGCUGCACCGCAUCACCUAUUGCACAGCCGACCGCCGGCACCCCAAGGUUUUUGCGUGGGUUUACCGGCACCAGGUGAAGAACAAAGCCGUGGUGCUGCGCUGUCACGCCGUCCUCGUCCCCAAAGCCGCCACCGCGCGUGCCAUGGCCCUGCUCCUCUUCCAGACCUCCGCUUCAGCCUUUGACGAAUUCAAGAGGCUCAAAAGGCAGAACGAUGGCCGUCGUCUCCAGCAGCAGCUCCUGGGUGAAGCCAUCGUCCCCUUGGUGCCCCUGCGCAGGCUGCUCAAUGCCAAGUGUCCCUACCGCCCGCCGGCCGAGCGCGCCCGCUGCGCCCCACGGCUCAGCUCCAUCCUGGAGGAGGACGAGGAGGAGACGGGGGGCACGUGGGGGGACGGGGGUCCCACCGUGGUCUCUUUGGCCAGUGAGAUGCGGGGGUGCAGCUUGCGUGGCCCAAGGGCCCCCAUAUGCUGAGCAUCUCCGUUGGCAUCCACUGCUUUGGCCACACCGGGUGCCCUCGGGACACAGCUGGACAAUAGGGCUACGUCCCUAGCUCUCAAGGGGGGGAUACCUGGAUCCCCCAUCCCUUUCCUGGAAAUAAACCCAAUCUGUGUUUUCUGCCUGUGACAGCGCCUGUCUCUCACCAGCCUGGAAGACUCGCGAUGGUUUGUUGCUUUUCUAUUUUGUAUUUACCCUUUUUUUUUUUACUCUUCUCGGGGUAAAAUUUCCACCCUGGGGGAGAUGGGAAGGAGAGGGGGGGGAGUUCUGCACCUUCCAUGCUAUUCCACGUCGAGUGAUGCUCAUAUUGCCAUGGCAACAUGAGGGUUUAAAUAGAGCAGGCCCACGCUCUGGGGGGGGCUGCAGUGGGGACCCCAGGCCUGAAGCUGGGUGGCAAAGGCAGCCCAGAGAACCUAAAUCCCUGGAAUUUUACCCAAAAUGGUUUAUUUUCACCCAGUUCCUGCUCUCCCUGCCCUGACAGGAGCAGCAAUGCGAGGUCACAGUGGAAGGAGCUGAAUAAAUGGGGUGGUGGGAGGGGGAACAAGGGGCACCGCUGCCCCACAGCCUGAGGAAGGGGAUGCAUCACUGGGAUGGGGUUUGGCUGAGCUCCCCCCACACACAACAGCCAGGGAGAGGACAGGCUGUGGUCCUGAUUCCCUCUCUGAACUUUGGGGGCUGGCAUCUGGCCAGCAUCUGCCCCCACAAAGGGCUCUAUGGGGCUGGGGUUUGAGAUAACUGCCCCCCAAAAGCACUAUGGGGAUGAGAUUUGGGCUAACACCUCUAAAAACAAACCUGUGGAGCUUAGACAUAGCCUGCAUCCUGCAGAAUCCUGGGGUGAAAGACAGGGAUUUGGGCCUCUAAGGCUGAGAUAUAGGCUAAUCCCUCCCAAAAGGUGCCACAGGGCUGGAAUUUAGCUUGUCCACGUCCAAAAUCCUGGGGGUGAGAGUAUGGUAUUCAGGAUAAACCCACCUCAAAGGCCCCACGGGGCUGGGAUAUGGGCUAUCCUGCCCUAAAAUCCCAUGGUAAAAGGCUGAGAUUUGAGUUAAACCCACCCCAAAAACCCAGUGGGGCUGGGAUUUGGGUUAAUCUGACCCCCAAAAAGCUCUGUGAGGCUGAGAUUCGAACAAUUUCCUCCAAUUAAAGUGCAGUGGGGCUGGGAUUUGGACUAACACCUCCACAAAGCAU